AUGUAUCUUACAAUCUUACUUCAAUGCUUAGCUGCGGGUGUCGCCACAGCAUUAACUCUCAAUGGAACUGUCUCCAUCCCCAUGAAUUAUACCCACUUGAUCACUCCAAAUUAUACGAGUAACGCGUCAACAUACUUCAUUGACACGAAAACCAAUAACAACGGUCUGGCCGACCUCCUGAAGGAAGCCCAGAAUGCAACCUUCAUCUCCUACAGUUCCGAGUUCACGGACAUGCUUGGCCCCAGCCCAAAGGCAGGUGCCACGUAUGAUUGGAGAGGAAACCAAGUGUGGUUCACGAGCAGCAUCCUCGACGACAAGCCCACCACCAUUUACCGGCUAAAUCUGACAGACAAUUCAAUCCAUCAAGUCAAGACGAACCUUGUCAAUCCUAACGGAGCAUACUAUUUUGAUGGCUUUGUCUAUUUAGUCUAUUUUGGCAAUGUAAGCGUUCAACCGGGCAUUGCGCGAGUCAAUGCUGUUACCUACGAAGCCGAAAUACUUGCCAAUUCAUGGUUUGGUUUACCCUUCAAUGGACCUGACGAUAUCACUGUCGUACCCGCUAAUCACGAUGGGAACGGCCUCGAUACGACCCAAGUAUACUUUACUGACAACCUCUAUGGUGGGCUGGUUGAUCGACCAGAUUCGGACUACCAGCUCCCUGAUGCUGUCUGGCGAUACACACCGUCUACCGGUGCCCUGGUUGCUGUUAUCCCCCGUUCUGAUAUUGUUGGAAGCAAUGGUGUCCAGGUUAACGCCAAUGGAACCAAGCUCUACGUGGGAGAGUACGAUUCUCUGCCAGCAGGUGAACUGGAAAUUGGGAGCAAGAAUAUGCCUGGCUCGAUGGGAAUCUACGAGUAUGACCUUGAUAGCCGGGGAUUCCCAAUAAACAAACGCAUGUUCGGAUUGGCGAGAACAUUCACAGACGGCCUGAAGGUCGAUGAUUAUGGCCGUGUAUGGACUGGGGAAGGUGAAGGCGUUGUAGUGAGAAACAGUCAAGGAGCUGUCAUCGGGCUGUUUAAUCAUGACACGCUGAUGAGCCAGAAGAUGCAGGGGACCAGUGUCGCACAGGUCGCUCUGGCAGGCAAUUCUGCUAUCAUCCUCGCAUCAACAAGGCUGUGGAGGAUUGACCUGGCUCAGACUAUUGCGAGCCCGGGCGCAUUCGGGAAUUGA